AUGGCGGCGGCGGGGCCUGGCGGGGGUACGGCGCCUCCCGGGCCGGGCUGGGCUCCGCUCCCGCCGCCGGGAGGACGAUCCGCCUCGGCAGAUGUUAUCCUAACAUUUGUCUGCGUGUUGACAAAGGAGUCUGUAGAAAUUGCUCCAGUGCCAUAUACACUGCAAGUCCAUCAGGUAGCUUUGGAUGGAAGAGACCCCUCUAGCUCCCUGAGGAGAGAAAAGAGGCAGGUGCAGUGUCAGCUAGGACAAUACCUACAUCCCAGAGAGACCCACUGCUGCAUGAGGUGCCAUGCAGGUACCUACAAGGCAAAAGACUGUGAUCAUCCUGACCAGGCACCUGUCUGUCUUCCGUGUGCUAAUGGCACAUUCACAGCUGUUGAUAACACCAUGUCUAAAUGCUUCCAGUGUACACAUUGCCGUACAGAAUUCCAGCAGAUAGUAGAGGCCCCCUGCACCCCAAAGCAAGAUACCGUAUGUGGCUGUCGGAAGAAUCAAUACCAGAUUGGCAUGUUGGAUCUCUUCCGGUGUAAGAACUGUAGCUCAUGUGUCAAUGGGAUUAUUGCCAACUGUUCAAAGGACAGAGACACAAUUUGCAGGUGUAAGCCUCGAUACUUUCUGACACUUAGUAACGUUUGCAAGCAUUGCAACAGCUGCAUUGGAGAAGAAUGCCUGCAGUGUCAUAGCCCAGUGACUACCUCACCGACUUCCUCUGGGCUGAAUGGGAGCCUUGUCCUUGGCAUCAUCGUUGCAAUAUUUGGAGUUAUCUCUGUCCUCUACGUUGUAAAUAAAGUAGUGAAGCUCGUCCGGGAAAAUGGGAUAGCAUCGUCUUUCUACUCCUGUGUUUCUAUGCCGCAGACAACCAAGGAUCCAGUAUGUGAGGUUGAAGUAAAAAGAAGUGAAAUUUCCAUCCUUCUUCCUGAGUCCCAGAAGGAAACAGAAUUGUCAGUGAAUACACCACCACCACCUGCACCUCUGCCACAAAGUUCACAUGAGUUACCAGACUGUGUCAGACCUGCCAGGAAGACGCAGCUUCCAGACAAUCCUGCUAUUCUCUACGCUGUGGUAGAUCAUGUACCACCAUCUCGGUGGAAAGAGUUUGUGAGGCGUCUGGGUCUGAGUGACUAUGAUCUAGAGCGAAUUGAGAUGGAGCAUCGGCGUUUACGAGAUGCCCAGUAUGAAAUGCUUAGACUGUGGAAACUGCAGAUGGGCCAUGCUGCAACUGUGGAGCACAUCAGCUGUGUUCUCAACCAGAUGGAGCUGAGUGGCUGCAGUGAAGCUAUUCAAGAGGCUUUGCUAAACCAGAACUCUCCUCAACCUUGCAGCCUCCACAACCAUCUUUAA